AUGGAGAUGCUAAAAUCUCCUUCUAAACUAGCCAUUUUUUGGUUCUUCUUCUUCUUCUUGGCGCUAACUAAUCGAUCAUUUUCUGCAAGAACUCUGAAUAACAAUCCUUCCCUAGAAGACCUUCAUCGCAAUCGUGCACACCAUGAAAUAUCCUUUUACAUGCUAGAUGUUCUUAGCCAAAAACACCGUUCAUCAAAACCUGCAUCAACAAAAGUAAAUAGUCAUCAGCUUCCCUUCUCGAAACCAUUAGGCUAUUUCCCUCCUGUGGGUGGCAUUCCAUUGACCGACACAAAUCCAACUGUUGAAAUGAACGGAUUGCAUACCCGCGCGCUUGAUUUGGAAGGAAUCAGCAUGACAUUCCCAGCUAUAGCCACACUUCAGGAAUUAGAGCUAGGGACAGUGACAACAAUCGAUGAGAACAUAUACGAAGGUUCUAUUUAUGGCUCGUCUUUGAUGGGAAAAGCUCAAGGAAUGUAUGUUGCUAGUUCAGAAGACGGCAGCAGUCAUAUGAUGGCAAUGACUACUAGCUUUCUUAGUAAUGAAUACAAGGAUAGUUUAAGGUUUUUCGGGGUGCAUAAGGGUGAUGUUUUUGAAUCACAUAUAGCAGUAAUUGGUGGUACAGGAAAGUAUCAUGAUGCAAAUGGCUAUGCUACUGUCAAGAUUGUCAAUGCAACCUCUAAUAAGAGUGAAGGCGCAUACAAGAUUCUUUCAUUCAGUGUUUAUCUUGGUUAA